GUCUGAUUGAGGUUUGUCGGCUGAUCCUCAAGGUUAAGGCUAGUAGGGAAACGUUUCCAUCAUCCGCAGUUACUUAGUUUUUUAAAUUAUACUCAUUCGUGGACAACUUUAAGAACGCGUGAGGAUCAUAAAAAUCGCUAGCAAGCGUGAUUGAACAUUGGACAGUGAUGUGCGGAGUUGGUAGAUACAGCUAGCUGUGGAGCUAGCUCAUAACUGCAACGUUUUUAAUGUAGAAUAGGCUAUACAGCAGUACGUGUUCUAGUUUUCAAAAGAAACGUUCUUAGCUAACUUUCUUAAGCCAGCUAUAAGGGGCUAGAUGGUGAGAUGCAGGAAUAGUUUUCUUGCUGUUUUCCUAACUUUGUCCAUUUGGAUAGUGUUAAUUAAAUUUGCGCAUUGUUUUAAAGCGAAGUAUAAUGCCAUAGCACAUGAUUUUCUUCGGUACCACAUCUCUAGUAAAAUAGACGCACACUCAGGUGAGUGGGUGCAGACUGCUCUUAACUGGUUGUUCAAUUGAUCGCUGUCUAUAGGGUAGAUAAUGCGCGAUUCAGCUUUGAAUUUUAGUGUCCUUCAUAAAAUAUGCACACUGAUUGUGCUUCUGUGUUUUAUUCACAUUUCGGUUACGAUAUUUUAUUAUGUAAAAUCUUUCGAUUUACGUUCUUCGUUUGUCCAGAAUCAGCAAUCGCGUUCAUUAAAGCAAAGUCAACUUAAGUUCAACACCGUAUUUAGGGAAGCGAGAGAUGACGCUCCAGAAAAAAUUGUUGUUUUUACAUCAAAUGCUGGCAAGGACCCUAAAGAACUAGGAAAAUGCCCCGACCCAUCGCCACUUUUGUUGGGCCCACUGAGGAUUGAGUUCUCCACCCCAGUCAGCCUGGAUGUGGUUAGGGCUGACAACCCCAACCUUCGGGACGGGGGCAGGUAUUGGCCCAGCGACUGCCUGGCCCUCCGGAAGGUAGCCAUCAUUAUUCCCUUCCGCAACCGGGACGAGCACCUCAAAUUCUGGCUCUACUACCUCCACCCCAUCCUGCAGCGUCAACAGCUGGACUACGGCGUCUACAUUAUCAACCAGCACGGGGACGAGGUGUUCAACCGGGCCAAGCUGCUUAACGUGGGCUACAUGGAGGCACUCAAGGACUAUGACUAUGACUGCUUCGUCUUCAGUGACGUUGACCUCAUCCCCAUGGACGACCGCAACAUCUACUCAUGCUUCAGCCAGCCAAGGCAUCUGUCUGUUUCCAUGGACAAGUUUCGCUUCAGACUGCCGUAUAACCAGUACUUUGGAGGGGUGUCGUCCAUGAGCAAGCAGCAGUUCCUCAGAAUCAACGGCUUCCCCAACAACUACUGGGGCUGGGGUGGGGAGGACGACGACAUUUACAACAGGUUGAGCUCCAAGGGGAUGUCCAUCUCGCGCCCGAGCGGUGCCGUCGGAAAGUGCCGGAUGAUCCGUCACGACCGGGACAAGCAGAACGAGCCGAACCCUCAGAGGUUUGACAGGAUCGCUCACACCAGAGAGACGAUGAACCGGGACGGCAUCAACUCGCUUACCUACGAAGUAAUCCGGGUGGAGAAGGACAAGCUGUACACCAAAAUCACGGUGGACGUGGGCAAGCCCUCCGCGUGACCCCACACGCGCGCCGCGGACACUGCAACCCAACGUGCCUUCACACGCGCCGCACGCGAAAGCCGCGGAGGAACUGCCGACAGGCCAAUAAAGAACCCUCACCCCGUCUCGUUACCUUGUUUGCACAGCCGACGAUGAAUUGUACCAGGAUUUGGGCCAUUUGCUCUUUGUCCUCUGCUGGGGGAAGUAGCGCGGAGUUCAGUUUCACAAGGGGCCCAAGGACUCCCCGGCAGACCUGGUUAUGCGGUUUACUCAUGACUGAGAGUUCUCUGUGCCGUUCUGCAGUUCUUCUGAAGGGGAUUUCCCCUUGCGUGAUCCCUUGUCUCAGUGGGACUUCCUGGUGAAAUAACCGCCAGCCAAAACGAUUAUGAAACUCAAAGGGUUUUUGUGUGUCAGUUGAUGGUCAGCCUUGUAUACGUGUGUCUCUCUCCGUUGCGCUACUUGACAACUGUGACGAUCUUCAGGUGGUUGUGUAAGAGGGGGAGUUGCAUAUUGUUUUUAGAGAAGCGCUGCUUUUGAGGAAUGUGUGGGAGAGAGAAAGGAGGACGAGGUGGAGGAAAAAAAACAUUUUUACUGCACAGAGCUGGAACAGUGUGCAUUAGGAUGUGAGGGGAUGGCACCGUUUUGCACAAAAGUACCAGCUGAAUCGAAGCACUGUAGACGACCGAAUCUCAACUUGAGAAUGGGCAGAUUAUCGUUUUUUUUUUUCAUCUUUCCAUAUCAUUUGUCAGUUUGAAGUGACUGGCUGAUCUUAAGCCGAGAGGUCAGAAUGCUAGAGUAUGCUUUAAAACUGUAUCUACCCCUGAGCCAAACCUUCUUGUUGCUUUCAUUGGGAGGUCUUGUGAGAUGGCACAGAGAAGUGUGUGUGUGCGAGUGUUUGUGUGUGUGUAAGUGUGUAGCUGGGACUGCAGCUCAGAGGGUCUCAGCCCUGCGCCAUGGGGUCCAUAAACCCAAAAAUGCAACAAGCCAGGUUUCACCUUCGACCUUUGACCCGUGGAGUGAUUUUAGGAUGUGGGGUGGUCUGAGUCUUAAGAAGGGCUUCACUAAAGGGACCGAAGGAUGAGUAUGCACAGAUAAAUCUAACUCCUGAUUUGCUUUGCUGAUUGUUGAGCUAGUCACUUCGAAGAUUUUUUAUUUUGUUGUGCAGUUGUUUAGAUUUGUGUUGUUUAGGUUUGAAGAUGUAAAACUUUGCAGUGAUUGGGCUAAACUGAAACACCAUUUUAAAAAAAUAAUUUUUAUACUAGUUUUUCUCCUCCUCUUCCUCCUCCGCCUCCCUCCCGUACAGUUUUGGAGACAAGCAUCAUGAACUGGUUAAGGAUUAAAAAAUAAGCCAUUGAUGUCUCCGUUGCCAAAGGUCUGCUGCUCUAUUGUUGACUGUCCUGUCCAUUUCAGAAUGCCUGGUAUUUUUCCACUUACUUUCCUGCUUGGUUUAAAGAAACUUUGGCCUUUGUUUUCUUUCUUUUCACUGCUCAAAAGUUAAAAGAAAGAAGAUACAUUUAAUUACCUGAAGAACUCAGGAAAUUUAAAAGGGAUUUGGUAUGUUCAUGCUAAUUCAUGCAUAUAAAGUGUGUGAGCAUAUCGAUUUGUGUGUCAAAAGCUGUUUAAAGGUUGAUGUUGAAAGGAAAGCCAGCUCUGUGAGCCUCCUGGCGUGUUCUUAAGUGCUUCUCAACAUGGUCGCAAAACGGUGUGCGAAGGACAACGUGCUGUACAGAAUCUUUCGAGGAAACGUCCCAUGGACGUUUUUUUCCCACCCAAAGUGAAUCUGCAUGCGCUUGUGUGAGCUGUCCUUCCAUGAGUUGGCCCUUCUCCCCUAGCGUGUUCACAACUGUGUGUGUGUGUGUGUGUGUGUGUGUGUGUGUGUGUGUGUGUGUGUGUGUGUAAGAGGGACUCAUAGCGGAAAACCUCUGACUGAAACAUUUCCUGAAACCGUUCUUUGGGAAGGUGGCGGCCUUCA